UUUCCCUCGUGCUCCUGUGGAUUUUGUUUUGUUUCUUUGAUUUUGAUUCCAGUGUUUUAGUUGUAAGUAGUUCUUUUGUUUGUUUGUUACAUUAAACCAGUUUCUCCUAGUUUAUAUGCAUUUUGGGUCCUUCUCCUUUUGUUUUUGGAUUUUGCCUGCCUGAACUCUGUGACAUAAAUAGUCUCCUUCCUGUUUGCACCAUAUUACCUGGUCGUCUUGGUGUCCAUUGAUUAGAGUGGUUUAAAGCGGGUUCGAGGACAUCUGGUUAAAUGUACCUGUGCAGUGCAGUGGUUGCUGGCUAGCGGUGGAGGCUAGGCUCUCAAGGUGGUUCCUUGUGUAGUGUAGUCUGGCCAAAGGGUCAAGGAAGGUGGUAGGAAGGUGACAGCAGACUUCUUUUCCCCAGCAGUGAGCUUUUUAUUUACAGUGUUUAAAUUAACAUGCGUUAACUAGUGAUGUUACCUACUGUGCCGAUGCUUCAAAGUGUGUGUUGAAUAAUCCAGGAAGUGUUUCCACGAAGCGCGUACCGAGGCUUGUAUUGUUUCAGGGCGGGUGACGUCAUUGGUGACAUCCGAAGCCUCACUGCCCGGCUGUACCACGUGACUGGUUCGGGAAGUGGUUCAGAUUUUGGCGCGAGGUUUGACAGCCGUAUAAACCCCAUAGGUUCCAUUCAAAAUGUGGGGUUGUGUUAGUGGACAUUUGUGGUCCGUUGAGAGUUUGGAGAUUUUGGACAGUUUUGAUAGCGUGGAGAGUGAGACAGUUAGGAGAGUUUGGAGAGUUAGGAGAGUUGCUAGGAUGGAGCCAGCAAGGAAGAGGAGGACUUCCCCUGGGUGGGGACACUUUGAUUUGAUUACUCCCGAUAAGGUGAGGUGUUUAUUGUGUGCCAAGGAGUUGGGAUACAACAACACCUUAUCCAUGCUAAGGCAUUACCGUGCCUUGCAUGAGAACAAGGAGGGAACUGGAGGCACACCCAGCCAAGCCACCAGAAAACAGGAGCUGGAUGAGGCCUUGGUCUCCAUGAUAGUGAAGGACACCCAGCCCAGCCUGGGUCCCAGGACCCAGGCUGGGACCCAGGCUGGGUCCCAGGACCCAGCCUCUUUCCUUUGGGCUGUAAAGGCUAUGGUGCAGGCCAAAUACGCCACAGCUAAAGAGAAGGCGAAGGCUAAAGUGCAGAAGGUGGCUGCAGUUAGCCUAAUGUCCGACAUGUGGACAUCCAUUAACAUGGAUGCCUACCUGGCUGUGACUUGUCAUUUUGUGGAUGACAACACCAGGAUUGAUUCAGUGCUUUUGGGAGUACUGAAAUUUCCUCAAUCUCACACUGCGGAGAAUUUAGCAGGUGUGAAAGCCUCCCUAAUGGAGGAAUGGGGAAUAACAAAUAAGGUAACAUGCCUUGUUACUGAUGGUGCUGCUAAUAUGCUUGCCUGUGGAUGAGAGCUGAGGCUGCGUCACAAUAUUUGUGUUGCCACAUAAUCUGAUGGUCAAGAAGGCUCUUGAUCAGACUACCGUGCUUAGUGACAUCCGGGCCAAGGCAAGGAAGCUGGUUGGCUACUUUAGAAGCAGCGCCACUGCUAAGGGGAAGCAUCUGGGAAAGCCAAAGCUGAAGCUGAUUCAGGAAGUGGAGACACGUUGGAAUAGCACUUACCAAAUGCUCCAACGCUCGGUGGAGCUCAGAGAGCCAGUGGGGGCAGCUUUGGCAAGCCUUCCAACUGAUAUCCCGAUCCUGACCUCGGAGGAGUUUGGCAUUGUCAGUGGGUGCCUGACUUUGUUGUCUCCUUUCAAUGAUGCUAUGGUGGAGCUCUCUGCAGAGCAGACUGUUUCAGGCUCGAAGGUUGUGCCACUGCUAAAAAUGCUUGAGCAAUCGCUACAAGAAGAUGUGACAACUACAACAGUUGCAGUGGCAAGAGAAAUGGGUGACCACCUCAUCAGGAUGCUGAGGGAGAGGCUCCACACCCUGCAAUCUAUGAGCAUAAUGUCACUUGCGACACUGUUGGAUCCCCGGUUCAAGACCAUAGGAUUUUUUUAGUCCAACAAAGGCAAGUGAAGCAGUUAAACGGCUAACUGCAGAGUGCGCGGCUGUAAUAAGGUCAGCAGCCCCUGAACAAUGUGAUCAGGCAACAACAUCACAGGAUGUUCAGCCUGUUACCCCAGGCAACAAACUGUGGUGUCACCUGGACCAUACUGUCAUGGAGUCUAGGCGCACACAAAAUGUUACGGCAGAUGCUACCGUUGAGGUCCAGCGGUACAUGUCUGAGCAGAACAUCGGAAGACUGGAGGACCCUCUUUAAUACUGGAACAGGCAGAAGAUGAUCUAUCCAAAUGUGUACAGACUUGCUAUUGGAUACUUGUGCACACCUGCCUCAUCGGUGCCCUGUGAAAGGGUCUUUUCAAAAGCUGGGGAAGUUGUGUCUAAGAAGAGAAAUGGCCUCAGCCCGAACA